AUGCCGAACCACUCUUUGACCACCAAGCUGGUUUCUGUUGUCCAGCACAACGACCAACACGGCUCUAGUGUUCCCCCGAUCUACCAGUCCACCACCUUCAAAAUUGGGUCGCUCGAAGACGAUGCGUCCCAGACGUACGACUACACUCGGUCCGGUAACCCAACACGAACCGUGGUGCAACACCAGCUUGCCAAGCUGUACGAUGUCGACAGCUCGCAGGUGCUCGCCGUGAGCAGUGGUAUGACAGCUCUCGACAUGAUUUUACGCGGUCUCGUCCUUAACAACGCUAGUUCAGUGCCCAUGAUCGUUGCAGGCGAUGAUCUUUACGGCGGUACUCAGCGUCUGCUGACGCAUUUGGGUGCUCGCAACCAUGCACGCGUCUUGCACGUCGAUACCACCAACUACGAUGCGUUUGUCAAGGCUUUCAAUCAGCAGCCCCGCGUUGACUGCGUAUUGCUGGAAUCUCCCACAAACCCAUUGCUUAAAGUGGCAGACUUGCCCAGGCUGGCGAAGUUCAUCAAGCACGCAAAUCCAGACUGUGUCGUCGCCGUUGACAAUACCAUGAUGAGCGGUAUGCUUUGCAACCCGCUUCACUUCAACUGCGAUGUGGUCUACGAAUCUGCUACCAAGUAUCUCAACGGCCACCACGAUAUUAUGGCCGGUGUGAUUAUUGCCAAGACCCCUAAAAUUGCCGGAGAUAUCUAUUUUGUGAUCAACUCGACGGGAUGCGGUCUCUCGCCGCUAGAUUCGUGGCUACUGAUACGAGGCCUCAAGACCCUUGGCAUCAGAAUAUACCAGCAACAGCACAACGCCAUGGUUUUGGCCCACUGGCUCGAAGCCUCUUGUGGGUUCCGUAAGAGAAACAAGCAAGAUCUUACUCAGACCAGAUACGUGGGACUCAAGUCUCACCCGCAAUUCGAGCUGCAUAAAUCCUUCAAUGCGGGGCCGGGUGCAUUGUUGUCGUUUGAAACCGGCUCAUUUGAACACUCCAGACGUCUAGUCUCGUCACGCAAACUCAAACUCUGGUCUGUCACGGUUUCCUUUGGCUGCGUCAACUCGCUCAUUUCCAUGCCGGGAAAGAUGUCACAUGCUGCGAUUGAUCCUGCCUUGCGUCAAGAACGUGAGUUCCCUGAGGAUCUCAUCAGACUGUGUUGUGGUAUUGAAAGCGUUGCCGACUUACAGGCCGAUUUGCUCGAAGCCAUGGUCGAAUCCGACAUCAUCGAGCUACGCGAUGAAGGCAGAACUAUCUACAACAAACUUAACGGCAAUUUGGCAUCUAACACAAUCGGACAGGGCGAACUUCCGAACAUCUAUGAAGAAUUCUUUGGCCAAAAUGGCAUCAAGCGCCAUUGCAUAGUCACAAGCCGUGCCAAAUUGUGA